AUGAAUGCCGGUGAACUGCUCACCCACUCCCUGUCGCCGGACCAUGCCACCCGACAGGCCGCCGAGCAGGCGCUGGAGGCAGCGGCGCGUGAUAGCUACCCCAUGUACAUGACAUCGCUGUCGAGUGAGAUGGCGUCGGAGGCUGCCCUCGUGCACAUCCGCACCGCCUCCGGCCUCGCUCUCAAAAACGCGCUCGUGGCGCGCGAGGCUCGGCGUGCGCAGGACUAUGCCGACCGCUGGACGGCGCUCUCGGCAGAAGCGCGCGAUCAGGUCAAGAGCAAGGUGCUCAUGACGCUGAGCAGCAGCGAGCCUCGUGCCGGCACCGUCGCGGCGCAAGUCACCGCCGCCAUCGCCGCCAUCGAACUGCCGCGCGGCAUGUGGCCGGACCUCGUGUCGCAGCUCCUCGCGGCGAUCGGUGAUCUGCACAACCCGUGCCAGCGCCAGGCGGCGCUCCAGGCCAUCGGCUUCACGUGCGAAGUCGUCGAUCCCGCCGUGCUCGCCGCCCAGUCGAACGAGAUCCUCACGGCCGUCAUUCAGGGCGCACGGAAGGAGGAGACGUCGCCCGAGGUACAGCUCGCUGCGCUGCGCGCCCUGCUCAACUCGCUCGAGUUCGUGCGCCUCAACUUUGAGCGCGAGGGCGAGCGCAACUUUAUCAUGCAGGUCGUCUGCGAGGCGACGCAGUCGCCUCAUGUCGCCGUCAAGGUCGCGGCGUUCGAGAACCUUGUGCGGAUCAUGCAGCUAUACUACGACAAGAUGCGCUUCUACAUGGAGCAAGCGCUGUUUGGCCUCACGGUACUGGGCAUGCGCGAUCCCGAGCCGCAUGUGGCGCUCCAGGCCGUCGAGUUCUGGUCCACGGUGUGUGAUGAGGAAAUUGAGCUCUCGCUCGAGGCCGCCGAAGCGCUCGAAUUCAACGAGGAGCCGGCACACGUGUCGUACCACUUUGCCCAGAUCGCGCUGCCCGAAAUUGCGCCGGUGCUCAUGGAGCUGCUGGCCCUGCAAGACGAAGAUACCGACGAGGACGAGUGGGACACGUCCAAGGCCGCCGGCACCUGUCUUGGCCUGCUUGCGCAGGUCGUCGGCGACCACAUCGUCGCGCUCGCCGUGCCGUUUAUCGAGGGCAACGUCAAGUCGCCCGACUGGCGCCGUCGCGACGCCGCGCUCAUGUGCUUCGGCAGCAUCAUGGAUGGCCCCGAAAGCAAGCUGCUCACGACGCUCGUCACACAGGCGCUGCCGACGGUCCUCGAGACCCUGCACGACCCAUCGCCGGCCGUCAAGGACACGACGGCCUGGACGCUCGGCCGCAUGUGCGAGUUUGCGCCAGAUGCCAUCACGCCCGAGCUCCAACUCGGCCCGCUUAUUCAGGCGCUUCUGGGCGCGCUGCAAGAUGAGCCGCGGAUCGUGACGCAUGCGUGCUGGGCGCUCAUCAACCUGGCCGAGCACAAGGGCAUCCUGUCCUCGCUCGACGACCCGGACCCACCGACGACGUCGCUGUCGCCGUACUUUGAGAUGAUCGUGACGCAGCUCAUGCUCGUCACGGACCGGCCGAACAACGAGUCGAACAGCCGCACGUCCGCGUACGAGGCCCUGGCCUCGACGAUCGCCCACUGCGCCACGGACUGCCUCGCGCACGUCAGCACGGUGCUGGUGCACAUCCUUGAGCGCCAGGAGGCGCUCCAUGCGAUGGUGCCGCAGCUCAUUGGUCUGGACGACCGGAACAACUGGGCUGAGCUGCAAAGCAACCUGUGCAGUGUCUUGAUCGCUGCCGUGCGCCGCCUGCAGCAUGGCAUGGCGCCCAUCGGCGACCGCCUCAUGACCUCGCUGCUCACGCUUAUUCAGAACAGUGCGAAGCAGCCCACCGUGCUGGAAGACGCCUUUGUGGCCGUCGGCACGGUGAUUGUGGCCCUCGAGGCUGACUUUGAAAAGUACCUCGAGGCGUUCCUGCCGUUCCUCGUCGAGGGCCUGCGCAACCACGAAGAGCACCAGCUGUGCACGAUCAGCGUCGGCAUCGUUGGCGACGUGUGCCGCUCGCUCGGCGAGAAUGCCUCGCGGUAUACGGAGACGCUGAUUCUCGCGCUCUUGGAAGACCUGCAGAGCCCUCUGCUGCACCGGAACGUUAAGCCUCACAUCCUCAGUUGCUUUGGCGAUAUCGCGCUCGCGAUCGGCCCAGCCUUCGAGGCGUACUUGUCCACGGCGAUGGCUGUGCUGCAGCAGGCCAGCAUGGUGCAGAACGCGCCCGAGUCGACGGACUAUGAGAUGAUGGAGUACGUCAACGACCUUCGCGAGGGCAUCGCCGAGGCCUACGUCGGCAUUGUGUCGGGCUUCCGCUCGGCGGACAAGGCCGACGUCCUCCUCCCCUACAUGGACUAUACCAUUGCGUUUAUCGGCAUCGUGGCGUCCGACAUGGACCGCUCCGAGACACUGCUGCGAAACACCAUCGGUCUCCUGGGCGAUAUUGCCUCAGCGUACCCAUCUGGGCCCGUCAUGGCCAAGCUGCAGCAGCCGUGGGUCAUGGAGUACAUCAAGGUGGGUCGCAGCCGCGGCAACGGCCCCGAGACCCGCAAGACGUCCAACUGGGCGCGCGAGAUGCUCAAAAAGGCGGUCGGCGCCCCUGUCCUGUGA